AUGGCCACGCGCGAGUACGAAACCCACACGUUCUUCCUGCCCAACUGGCCAACACCCUUCGAGGCCACGGCGACCGGUGGUAAAGAGGCUGUCCUAGAGCUGCUACGAAACCCCGCCAACGCGGAGGGGUUCGUACUCUUUCCACGAGAGGAGAACUCUGGGGCUGGUCGCAUAAACUCUACACCCGAGACAGCUACCUAUUGGGAGGAAGCCCACCGUGCAGCGGUGGCGAUGUUCGGGGAAGGGACUGUUGUGAUUCCCCUCAUCCUCUCCAGCGACGCCACCAUGCUAAGCGGUAACGAGCGUACCAAGGUGUGGGCGGUGUACAUAAGCAUUGCCAACAUCCCUCUGCACCGUCGGUGGCAAGAGUGUGGCAAGCUGCUCUUGGCGAUGUUGCCUUUCCCGCCGAGUCAGAUGAGCCUGGCCGAGAAGACGGCUUUGUUCCAGGCCGCGAUGAAGAUCGUGCUUGUUGACCUCAUCGUGGCGUCACACACGGGCAUGGCGGCCACGGAUCCCAACGGCGUCGAGCGGUUUGUGGUGCCGCUUCUGUUUUCAUACGUGGCCGACUACCCGGAGACAUGCAAAGUGUCUUGCACCCAGCAGCUCGGGUCUGUGAGACCUUGCUCCCUGUGCUAUGUGCUCCGCGAGCACCUCCGUGACAUGGACAGAGAGGCAGCCGAGAUGAGGACCGUGGAAAAUCAGGAAGGCCUGCUCGAGGACCCAGCAGAGGCUGCCAAAUACGCGACAAUGAGCGUUCCGUUUUUUGUGGGACUUCAACUUCAGCCGCACGCUAUGGGGCAACACGUACCUGACGAUGGGGCCCGACGUUCUGCAUGCAAUCUUUAUCGGCUUCUGGCUGUACAUCCGGGAUUCGCUGCGGGGCAACGACACGAUGGCCGCUACCAAGGACAGGCUCGCAGGCAUCCCCGUUCCAAGAUGUGGCAACUAUUGGGCGAGCGGAGCAAACUACACGGCGUCAGAGCAUGCCGCUGUCAUGAUG